GCUACCACUUCUUCAAUGGCGUUGACUAUUAUCACCACCACCCUCUUCUUCCUCAUCUUCCUCCUUUCUAAACUUCCAUCUUCAACUGCACAAGAACAACCAUGGAUCCAAGCUGGUUACUGGUUCUCCGGCAGCGGAUUCCCCAUCUCUGACAUAAACUCAUCUCUCUUCACUCACCUCAUAUGUGCUUUCGCAGGCCUCAACUCUUCCACAUACGAACUCUCCAUCUCUUCCUCAGACAGCCAGCUCUUCUCCAACUUCACCAACACUGUCAAACAAAAAAACCCAUCAAUCAAAACCCUCUUGUCGAUCGGCGGAGGAUUAGCCAACGGUUCACAUUACUCCUCAAUGGUCAGCCAAUCUUCUUACAGGAAAUCAUUCAUUGACUCCUCAAUAAAGACAGCAAGAUCAUAUGGGUUUCAUGGCAUAGACUUUUCUUGGGUUUCAGUCGGCACAGAUUCUGAAAUAGCCAACAUGGCAAUCCUAUUCGAUGAAUGGCGUGUUGCAAUUGAAUCCGAGUCAAGAAACUCAAAUGGGUCGAUUCAGCUUAUCCUAACAAUGGCUGCUCAGUACUCUCCUUAUGUAGGUAAUGGAACUUUUCCAAUUGGAUCUAUAAACAAGAACUUGAAUUGGGUACAUGUCAUGGCAUUUGACUAUUACAUGCCAAAAAGUUGGAAUCAAACAGGAGCUCAAGCAGCUUUAUAUGAUCCUGGGAGUGAAAAAAGCACAGAUUUUGGUAUUAAUUCAUGGAUUAACAAAGGAUUAUCGGCGAACAAGCUCGUUUUGGGCUUGCCUUUCUAUGGCUAUGCAUGGACACUUGUGAAUCCAAAAGACAGUGCAAUUGGUGCUCCGGCGAAGGGGCCGGCUAUUAAUAUUGAUGGGGUAAUGAGUUAUAAGGAUAUUAAGGGAUAUAUUCAGACAUAUAGAGGUGUUUCGCAGUACAAUGCAACUUAUGUAGUGAAUUACUGCACAAUUGGAUCGAGUUGGAUUGGGUUUGAUGAUGUUGAGGUUGUGAAGAUGAAGGUUGCUUAUGCUAAGAAGAAGAAUUUGCUGGGUUAUUUUGUGUGGCAAAUCCCACAGGAUGACAAUUGGGUGCUUUCUCAAGCAGCACAGGAAGACAAGAAAAUUACCAUUAAUAAGAAGGGACGCUUGUUGUUAGUCAUCUUGCUUACAGCAACAGCCAUAAUUAUUCUCAUACUGAGUUCUACAAUGUGGUAUCUGCGAAAGAGAGUUCUUGGAUGUAUAGGAUUAGCGGAUGAACAGAAAGAAUCACAGUCCAAAUUAAGAACUACUAUGGCAUCUAUUGAAAAUACUAAUGUUCCUCAAGUGUUUAGUUUCACAGACAUUGUAGUGGCUACUAAUAAUUUUUCAAAUGAAAAUAAGCUCGGAGAGGGUGGAUAUGGAUCUGUUUACAAGGGUGACUUACAAAAUGGACAAGAAAUCGCAGUAAAGAGACUUGCAAAGACUUCUACACAAGGAUUUGAAGAGUUUGAGAAUGAGGUUAUGGUUGCUGCGAAAUUGCAACACGUAAAUCUUUUAAGGGUUUUGGGAUAUUGCACUGAAAGAGAAGAACAAAUGCUCAUUUAUGAGUACAUGCCUAACAAAAGUUUGGAUAACUACAUCUAUGAUCCAAUUAGGUGCACACUUUUAGAUUGGGAAAAACGAGUUCAAAUCAUUGAAGGAAUUACUCAAGGGCUAUUAUACCUCCAAGAAUACUCGCGAUUAACAAUAAUUCAUAGGGACUUGAAAGCGAGCAACAUUUUGCUGGACAAUGAGAUGAAGGCCAAGAUUGCAGAUUUUGGAAUGGCAAGGAUUUUCCAAAAAGAUAAAUUUGAAGCAAAUACUGAUCGGAUUGCUGGAACCCUUGGUUAUCUUCCUCCUGAAUAUGUAUACCAAGGUAUAUACUCCACAAAAUCUGAUGUGUAUAGCUUUGGAGUUUUACUUUUACAAAUCAUAAGUGGAAAGAGAAGUAAUCGUUUACAUGGCCCCCACGAAAGCUUAAACCUUCAAGAAUAUGCAUUUGAGUUGUGGAAAGAAGGUAAAGGCAUGGAGUUUAUGGAUCCCUCACUUGAUGAUACCUAUUCUUCAUGUAAGUUGAUGAGAUGCAUGCAAAUAGCUUUGUUAUGUGUCCAAGAAAAUCCAGUAGAUAGGCCGCCUAUGUUGGAACUCUCAUCAAUGCUCAAAAAUGAAACUACAUCCAUAGACAUUCCUAAACGGCCUGCUUUUUCUACAAGAAGAGAUGAAGAUGAAGAAAAAGUACAUGCAUCAAGACGUGAAAUUUGGUCGGUUGAUAAUGCCUCUAUUACUCAAAUUGAUCUUUGUCUGCUGAUGCAUACCAGAAAGAUGGCUCGAGAGGAUGUGCCCACCAUGAGACUAGAUGCGUUGGGGGACGACGACGCGGUGGACCUGGCGAGCAAUACAGAACGAAGAAGCGAGCAAGCAGUGGGGGGAGCCGGCAGGGCAACCCCGCUCGUCCACGCUGAUAGCGGCUACAAAGCCGAUCAGUCAGGUAGAGCCAGAUCACUGGCACACGAAGGCCGACAAAUCGACCUUUACCGCGGAGGAGUUGGAGGACAUGUGCGAGAAGUAUCAGAUUCCCGCGAAAAUAGAGUUAAAACUGCCGACAUCAAAGGAGAGGCCAUCCGAUGCUCGACCGGGGGAGUUUGCCCUCUACGAAGAAGCGUUAAAGGGGGGGUUGACGUUGCCACUCCCCCGGAUAGUAGUGGACGUGCUGGGUCGGUUGGAGGUGGCUCCGGGUCAAUUGAUGCCCAACGCGUGGAAGAUUUUAUUGGCUUGAGUAAAAAGAAGCAACAAGAAGUGGAGGCUGUAUUGAAGAGGAAGAAGAAGAAGAAGAAGGUGAACAAGGGUGAGGAGGGGCCAGCAUUGAAAAAAAUGAAGGAGGAGAUGGCAGAGGGGACCCCCAAAGUGAAGUUAGAGGGAACAGCGAAGGGGAUAGAGAGUGCCCUGGGCCCCGAAACACAAGUGGAAGGUGAGGCGGCUGGCCCUGAGCAGGGGGCAGAGCAACAGCCCAAGGGGGGUCCUGUAUCCCAAGGAGAAGGAAAGAGGGACAGGUUGAAGACUACCAUUUACCACGCUCCAGCAAUGUCCGGGCGACUGGAGGGAGAAGAAGGUGAAGCCAGGACUAUUGCAGAUCGGUUGUUGGGGGCACAGGAAGACAAGAAAAUUACCAUUACUAGCAAGGGACGCUUGUUGUUAGUCAUCUUGCUUACAGCAACAGCCAUAAUUAUUCUCAUACUGAGUUCUACAAUGUGGUAUCUGCGAAAGAGAGUUCUUGGAUGUAUAGGAUUAGCGGAUGAACAGAAAGAAUCACAGUCCAAAUUAAGAACUACUAUGGCAUCUAUUGAAAAUACUAAUGUUCCUCAAGUGUUUAGUUUCACAGACAUUGUAGUGGCUACUAAUAAUUUUUCAAAUGAAAAUAAGCUCGGAGAGGGUGGAUAUGGACCUGUUUACAAGGGUAACUUACAAAAUGGACAAGAAAUCGCAGUAAAGAGACUUGCAAAAACUUCUACACAAGGAUUUGAAGAGUUUGAGAAUGAGGUUAUGGUUGCUGCGAAAUUGCAACACGUAAAUCUUUUAAGAGUUUUGGGAUAUUGCACUAAAAGAGAAGAACAAAUGCUCAUUUAUGAGUACAUGCCUAACAAAAGUUUGGAUUACUACAUCUAUGAUCCAAUUAGGUGCACACUUUUAGAUUGGGAAAAACGAGUUCAAAUCAUUGAAGGAAUUACUCAAGGGCUAUUAUACCUCCAAGAAUACUCGCGAUUAACAAUAAUUCAUAGGGACUUGAAAGCGAGCAACAUUUUGUUGGACAAUGAGAUGAAGGCCAAGAUUGCAGAUUUUGGAAUGGCAAGGAUUUUCCAAAAAGAUAAAUUUGAAGCAAAUACUGAUCGGAUUGCUGGAACCCUUGGUUAUCUUCCUCCUGAAUAUGUAUACCAAGGUAUAUACUCCACAAAAUCUGAUGUGUAUAGCUUUGGAGUUUUACUUUUACAAAUCAUAAGUGGAAAGAGAAGUAAUCGUUUACAUGGCCCCCACGAAAGCUUAAACCUUCAAGAAUAUGCAUUUGAGUUGUGGAAAGAAGGUAAAGGCAUGGAGUUUAUGGAUCCCUCACUUGAUGAUACCUAUUCUUCAUCGUUUGAAGCCAUACGCAGGCAUACUAGAAAGAUGGCUCGAGAGGAUGUGCCCACCAUGAGACUAGAUGCGUUGGGGGACGACGACGCGGUGGACCUGGCGAGCAAUACAGAACGAAGAAGCGAGCAGGCAGUGGGGGGAGCCGGAAGGGCAACCCCGCUUGUCCACGCUGAUAGCGGCUGCAAAGCCGAUCAGUCAGGUAGAGCCAGAUCACUGGCACACGAAGGCCGACAAAUCGACCUUUACUAUGAAGGAGUUGGAGGACAUGUGCGAGAAGUGUCAGAUUCCCGCGGAAAUAGAGUUAAAACUGCCGACAUCAAAGGAGAGGCCAUCCGAUGCUCGACCGGGGGAGUUUGCCCUCUACGAAGAAGCGUUAAAGUGGGGGUUGACGUUGCCACUCCCCCGGAUAGUAGUGGACAUGCUGGGUCGGUUGGAGGUGGCUCCGGGUCAAUUGAUGCCCAACACGUGGAAGAUUUUAUUGGCUUGAGCAAGUGCGUGGCUGCGGGCGAACGACGGAGCUACAAUGAAGGUGGAUGA